CUUUGGUUUGAUCGUUUUCUGUGAAAGCGUGCCGAGCGCUCCGCAGGAAGAACGUGCUGUCGUGACUCUGUUAACUCGUUUAGCACCUUUUCAGCUCUCUAACCCUAGUGUUACUCUGUCUAGAUCCCUGCGAGGUGUAAAGAAUAACUAUGGCGAGGCUGGUAGCGAUGAUGGGGGCUUUACUCGUGAUAACCGUUGGUCGAUCAGGUAAGUGUGUGAUAACACAUUGUAAAUAAGUGUGGCGAAUGUGGAUUCUUCUCAACUCUCCUGGAUGCUCGCGUUGUUUUGAUUGCCUGAUCCUGCUUAAGACUGGUGUCAAAUUUCCAAAACAUUUGUGCUCGGUUUAGAUCUAGCAGAUAACGCAAGCGCAGCGAUUUUCGUGAUCUUUGCCACACCUUUGUAAGGUUCAAAUGUUUUCAAUACCGUUUACCUGCAACGUUGAGCAUUCAUAUUUCAGCUUUGUUUUUGCGCUCUAUUUAUAAACGAUGACCGACAUAAACAACCCCAAAUGUUCUCCACCAUAGCCUAAAAUUUGAGAGCACAAAAUUUCGCCAGACGAUUAAGACGCGCUUAUCGCGAAACUGAGUAUUAACGGGAGCUAACGGGCGCCUUUCCAAAGUUGUCCUUCGCGCCUAAACGAACGUUCAACUUCAGCGUGAUCGUAAACAUCAAUAUACCCUCCAGGCUCUGUAUUGUAAGGGAAUGUACAUUCUGUUCAGUGGUGCGCAGCAUAAAACCCUCGUAGGGUGUAGACUUUGCCUUCCUUCCUACUGCGUUUUUAAAACUGUUGAGUCAUUCAUAGUAAAACAAAUUUUGAUCAAUUCAGAACCUGGGUGAAUACCUUACCACACGCGGUCUUGUUCCAAAAUCCUUUCUUUGUCUAGUUUAAUUUUGGAGAGCGUGGUGGAUAAGGAUACACGUUUUUGUCGCGUUAAAAUCGGCGAGUCAAUACACAAUAACAAUCAUAAAGUGAACAAGAACUUUCUUCUUGAAUCUCACUUGCGAUCAAUUCUACGGCCGAUACUAUUGUGAAAUUCCACUGUUUACUAAAUAGUGCGAGAGACAAGAAGACCUUGUUCAGGGUAGCGAUUUUGUUCAUUUGUAUAGGACCAGAGAGCUUGCGAUACACUUUUUUUUAUUAUUACUCAUAAAACAGGAGUUGGUUCAACACAUGAAAUAAAAGAUACACUCAAGAAUAAAGUCUAUCAUGAUCUCAUAACUUAAGCAGCUAGCAUUGAGCGUAGUAGACAAUACUUUAGUCACGUAUUUCGUAAUAUUCCUUUCGCUUCAUCGAACGCAGCGCUGUAAAGAAUAUUGACACUGAAGAGAAAAAAUGGAAAUUCACUCGUUCCUUUACAAUAUUUACCAUAUGGUUACAACAUGCAAAGUGCAAUGAUAGAACUGUCAUCUCUUUAAGUACAAGGAUUAACUUUCCAAAGACGGGCGCUUUGAUUACUUUCGAAAACAGCGAUUUCCAUUGAAGCUUAUCUCGAUGGAAGCAACUGAAGCAUGCCAUGGUUGUUUUUCACUUUCUAACUAGAAACACGCGUGACACGAGCGAAAUAUUUGUUUCAGCUGCACGUAGGAAAAAUGACUCAACCCCAUUGUGUUUUUUUGAGGAAUGAAAUAUCUAUUAAGUGGGUGUACCUGCAGCCUGGAAUUGACAAAAUUUACUAAAUUCAUCAACAAAACUUAUGAAGAAAAAAAGAAUACAAAUAAGACUAGAAAAGUCAUUUUUCACUACAAAUUACUAUGCCUUCUGAGUCCUGAAGCACAUAAAACUAAAAUCUGUUGUUUCAUAUAUCUGCUAUUUGGCUGACGUGACGAAGGGACUCCAGCUUUGCGUAACAAAAAAAGUAUGUAUAUUAGUCGUCAAUUUUUGAAUUCCUUCGAUAUUUCUGUCUUCACUAAUCUUGCAUGAAGGAAUAAAUUCUAUUUAAUUCUAAGUGUAUUUUGCUACUUUUUCUAACCAUUAACAUGCCCAAAGCUUUAUUUACAAAAAGCCACACGAAUUGCAAUUGUCCGCUGAAGUCGUUUUGCGAUAUUGCAGCGAAUAUUUUGCGUAAAAAGCUGUCAAAUUUGUCACUGGGGUAGUAUGAAAACUGCAUUAAAAAACAAUGAUUACAAAUGUUGCUCAGCCACACGACAUUUGUGAAACGCGGAAAACAAGUGAAAUAUUUAGCGCGUUCAUGUUGUUAGAUCACCGAAAACAAAUUAUAACGCGCGCUGUUUAGCAACAUUUUUAGAAAGUUCAGAGAUUUUCGAAUUUUAAAUUUGUUGAAGGUCUGAAUAGCACCGAUUCUAAACAGAUUUUCGGGACAAAAUGAAUUUUCUUUUAAUGCGUGACCUGCUAGGUAAAAUAAAGAAAUGGAGAUGAUAAUAUUUUUGUUUUAAUAGACUGCAGGUCAUGUUUUGGGAAUGCAAAUUUUAAUUAUUGAAAACAACAGACGCUGGGAUAAAAACAAUGUUUAGUUGAAAAGAAAGAGGAAGAAAAAGAAUUAGUAUCUUUUCGAGCACCAAUACUAUGAGCAUAUUAUAAAAGUUGUAGCCUCCAAGUUAUGGAAUGAGAUAUCUUGGCAUCGUACGAGAAUUAUCAGAAAAUAAAUUUUGUCAUAAUAUGUAGUUUUGUCUGAAAGACAGGAUGUUGAAACCACACUUUAGCCAUAAGAGGGGGAGGGUGGACUGGGGAUUUUCCCCGGCUGGCUACUUUCAUCCAGGACUUUCAUAAAAAGAAAAAUGUAGAACGAAAAGAAAUCCUAGGUGUUUGAUUCCAUGCAUAGUUAAUGUAAUUACCCAGCAACCUGAAAUCUUAUUGACAAAUUACACAAAGGUAAGGAUAAUACAGUCCCACACACAAACACUGAAAGUACAGGGUAGAAGGUUUUAAUUCCCACCAUACCCUGACCACAAACUAGAGUAUCCUGCUAGGGUGCAAAAAAAAUCAUUUUUACAGCUUGCCAUUCGGGCAGCUGAAGCUAACAAUUUACUAGCCCAGACGUCAUUUCAACUAGCCCCAAAAGCUGUUUGAAGAGCAGAAUUGAUCUCACGGUUCGUCUGUUAUUCGAAUUCCUCAAAAAAGAUCACUUGCCCAUUGGGCAAGUUAAAAACAGAAUUCACCAGCCCGAUAGAAAAAUCCACUAGCCCCAGGCUAUAGGACACCACUUUCUUUGCAGGCUGGCUGCCUGCCUUCACCUCAAACUAGAGUGAUAAUGAGACUAAAGGCUCCGAGAAAAGUCAUGUGUUUGCAAAAUACUUGUCUGUGCAUCAGUUGAAUUCCAAAAAUAAUGAUUCAGUUUUGUCAUUUAAGACUACAUUUAGACAUUGAAACUGUUCCUGUAGUCAGUUGUCAUGGAUGAUGGUCGAGGAUCGACAUGGAUUAAAACUUGAAAAAAAAAAAGGGUCAAUUUCAGAGAUGCCAACCUCUGGAGAUCUAAAAUCUGGUGACUCUCUCUUUUUCACUACCCUCCCCCCCUGAAAUUCAAUGAACCCCCACUCCCCAACCCCGACAAAUAUGGCAAUGACAUAGGACAUUAUAUGAAGUCUUACUUGAAAAUUUGCGAUCAUCGUUUUGAUGCCAGAUAUCCUUUUUCAGUGACUAAAUAGGUGCAAGAAUGCCCCAGAAACCAUACUACGAAUACGAAAAUUUCAAGUUUUGAGCUAAAAAUGGGCUGAAUUGCAAACUAGAGCACAGAAAAGCUCAAAAGAUGAUUUUAUUUGAGAGAUAUGGUGACCCGUACAGGAGACCGGGAAAUUGGUGUCAUAUCUGGGAAAUUCCUGGAUAAUCCGGGAGAGUUGGCAUGUAUGCAAUUUUUCAAGUUUUUAUGCUAUGUCUGCAAAAGUCACCAUGUCAUUAUGGUUAGUGUUCCCUGAUGAAAUUUCAUAACUCUUCAAGAGCAUUUUGUGCGUUGGUAAAGGCAACGCAACGUAAUGACUUCACCUCUCUUUUAAGUACUAUAACUAGGGUAUCUUAAAGAUAGUAAUGCUGCGGCACAUUCUGUUGAUACUGACAUUUAGUUAGGCAGUGAGACUUAAAAGAAUAGAAAACAUGUUGGAAAGCAAUAAUAUUUACUAUCAGUCUAUAGAAAGAACUCUUAGGAACGUUGUUUAGAAAAUGGUCAAGUGGUUAUCAACUCUGGGGUAGGAAAUGAUAGAAAUUCAGAUUGUUUAUCCAUAUAUUUAAUAUACAGUGUACUAUCUUUUCUCUGGAAACACGAUACUUUUCUUGCUGUUAAUUGUACUUAAUUAAAUAACAGUUAUUUAGGUAUAUAUUUAAAAGAAAACAACAAAAGAAAGAAGGAAACAAUGAGUUGAGUAAGACUUGAACCCGGCACCUUCGGCUUGACACGACUACACCUAACCACUAGUACACCACAGAGGCUGAUUAUGUAACCUUGGGGAAAACUCUUAAUUUAAUGCCUUUUCCAUGAAAAUUCUGCCAGAAAGAUGAUCGCCAGCCGCAUUAACCGAGCUAUUAGCAGAAAAAAGAACAAAGUAAACAGAUAUUCCAUGGCAAUGAAUGAAUGAAAGAACAUAAAUUAUUAAGCUUUUCAAAACGCCGAUACACAUCUUCAUCUGCAAAGUAGCUAAGGACGCAAAACAUCUGUUUUGUUAUCUCGAUUUCCGCUGUUAUUUUGAAGCUAAUGGUCAAAAUCACAUCCAUUUUAGGCUCAUACAGGUUCUUAAGAAUAGCAAUAUAGCAUGACAUUUUCUCACUUUCACGUCACCUUCUAGCAAGCUGGAAUUUGUAUAUCCUCCGUGUUGCGGAGUCAAAGAGCAAAUGCAUGCUCAUCUUCUCGUCAAGUUUAACGCCUGGAUGAGUCAAAGGCUCGUUAAUUGUGAUCCAAUCCCCAAGUUAACCAUUGUACUCAUCUGAAGGACUCCUGCAUUUUUUAAAUUUGGUAAGACCCCUAACCAUGCUGUAGAAAAUUUGCCACAAAGAAAACAGCGAACAAUGCACGCGCUGACUCACCCACCGAACUUCCUCAUGUUUUUAUUUGAGUUGUUCGUGGCGCAAUGCAUUCUGGUAAAAGGGAGCGCAGUGCACUCUGGUUAAAUGCAAUGUACUAUUCUGGUAAAAAGUGAUAAAUUCGAGAAUUCGUCCCACCUUAUAUAUUUCCCUUAAAUUCUGAUUAUGUUGCUGCUCGCUUCCUACGGUCGCUCCGCAGCAAUGAUGAUGAUGAUGAUAAUCUCAAAUACUGAGGGGAUUCUAUAUACUACUUAUUAACUGAGAGUGAGGUCAUGACAGGGAAAUCUCAGACCGAAGUGUUGAGGUGUUGAUGUAUUGACUGUGCCAUAGCGAGGUCAAUCAAGGCCGAGUCGGAGAUUUCCCUGUAAUGACUGAAUGGAUGAGGUUAAUAAUUUAUUUAUCACAUGGCCUUUUCUUUGACAAAUGUGAGAAAUUAUGGAUCUGAGCCUGUGAUCAAUUAAAACCAACAACUGGUCAGUGGAUAACUUUAAAGAAUUGUCGCCUCAUUGAGUUGUACAUUUGAGCCAGUCUGCACAGUCGUGUGACACUGGUCAGCGGAUAUCCUUUUCGUUAUCUGUCAAUUGCCCAUAACGUGGAUGUCCACCGUCAAGUUAAAGACAGAUGGUACACUGUUUUUGCCUUGGACAAGUAGGCAGUAAAGCCUGGUCAUUAUAACAAAGUCUUGCCUGUUUAGCAGCCAAUCAGAGUGCGUGUACUAUUGUAGCCAUUUAAUAAAGUAUCUUCUUUCUUCAUACCUUGUAGAUGGAACAGUUACAUUACCAUCUACAGAAACAACAGCAGGGACAGGAAGGGAUCCAAAAGCGGCUUGCACUGUUACAGACGAAACCUUUGAUUCUUGGAUAACGCCCUCAGGUCAGAGAAUCACAACCUCAACCACGGGGAGAAUGACAGUUACAGUGACUGGAGAUACUUAUACACUGAAAAUAGAUUCUGUAACAGCUCAAGAUGGAGGCGUAUACCGAUGUCAAGGCUCGUUAAAUUCACGAUCUUUUACCCUAAAUGUUAAUUGUAAGUAUCUGACGAAUUAGACUUCGGGGCAAUGCACCCAAUGGUGGUUUCCUCCUAAAUGCAUUGAAAUGUCUAUUUAGGCUAUCUAGAGUAUUUUUAGAGCUUUAGAAAUGCAUUCUAAGUGGUGCUAUAAAAUUUUUAAUCUGCUCGGUCAUCUUAGGGAAACUUGAGGUUUUUCUAAAUUACAAGGGCUUCAGUGUUAUUUUCCCCAAAAUUUUAAGAUGCAAUUGAACAUUUGCGAAAGAGAGAAGUUUUCUGAUUUAUCUCUCCAUCAGGGUUGUUGGAAAGUUUUGAAGUAGAUGACUGAGUUGUCAAAGUAAGCAGCCAGCCCAGGCAGGGACGGAUCUAGGGGAAGGGUGCAGGGGGUGCGCACCCCCCCCUGAGAUGACCUGCGGUUUUCUAAUACAACUGGUGUUCUGUCAAAAAAAAAAAACUAUGCGGUUUAUUGGUGUUGAAGUAGAGCAAGGGAUGAGUGCACCCCCUCCUAAAAAAAAUCCUGGAGCCGCCCCUGCCAGGGAUAUUUUCUUUAAAAAACGCCAUCCGUAAAGAAGUGCCAAGCAGAGUAGCCAGCCGAUACUAACCAAAUAGGCGGCAAUUUUCGCUGGCAGGCCGGCUACUUUUGACAACCCUGCUCCAUUACAUUUUUUAGUCCAAAAAUUUUAGGUUUCCUUUUCCUACGAAAAUUACCCUAACAUAAGGAGUAAAAUAUUAAAAAUUGAACUUCAGAAAAUCUUAGGGAAUUUUGUAGAUAAGCUUCAAAAAUUGUACCUGAAUGGAAAGCUCAUCCAGAAAUUUUUAGCCCUAUGAGGCAAUAGAAAAUUCUAGGCAAUGUUUGCCUCUCCUAACAGAUAUUCUACAGAAAAAAGUCAUUGGGUGCCCCUGUAGACUCACCGAAAGGCAAGUUUAACUGGGCUGCCAUUUUUCCUGAGGGGAGGCACAGGCUACAAUAAAACCUUGUCACUGACCAUUGCAUAACAUAGAAUCCAGGGAAAUCUGUGACCGUGAAUUUAUGAAAGCAAUUCUGUAGACAACCAUAUCGAGAGUGAUUAUUAAUAAUGAUUGAUUAUUAAUAAUGAUUGAUGAUUGAUUAUUAAUAAUGAUUAUUGUAAAUCCCUGACAACCUACGACUAUACAAAAUUAUUGUACUGCAUGAAAACGAUAAGUUAAUUAGAACAGACAGCAAACAGCUUUUAAGAGAAAACAACCCACUAUAAAACCCAUCAGGAUACAUGCAGUAGAGAUAUUAAUCCAUAGACGGUAAUCUAUUGUUUAUGGUCGACACGGAAACACAUUUUGCCAGAAGAUAAAACUAUUUUUAUGUUUCAAGAUUCUUUCCUUUUAAUUUGUUAUCUUUCUUCAACCUAUUAAAAAGGAAUUAGUUCAUUUGCAAUUUGUGACCUUGAAAAGUUGAAAGAUUCCUCACAGUUUAUUCCAUCAGUCCGGUAUGUAAAAAAAUGUGAAUAGACCAAGGGUCAUAAUAUGAGUCUGUGUCAAAGUGCUGAUGACAAGAACUUAAAUUGAUUUUUGUUCAAGCAAUUUAUCUCAAAGCUCAAAAUUGACAAGGUUUAGGUGCAGAACAAUUUCUAAGAUGAGUCUUCUUUAUCCUAACAUGAAAUUUAGACCUCCAAAAAAGAGUGUGUUGCAUUAACCCAUUCGCUCCUGGAGAUUUUGCCAAAAAACGCGUUUUGAAGCUAGUCGAGUGGUUUUCUGGUCACUGUCGCGCUAUAAAGAGCUAAAACUUACCACAAACUGGUUUACAGGUCGAACACUUCGCGGCCUUCUGAUCCAGAUGCAAAGUAUCAGCUUGCGAAGUUCGGGCAUGCGCAGAAAGCAAAAUUUCGAGAUAGUUUUUGGGUUUAAAAGUGACACAGCAGUCUUGACUUUUACUUUUCGCUUUCUCUCCUCCCUUCUUUUUUCGCUUUUCUUGCCUCAUUUUUUUUUUCUCUUGCUGGGCAUUUAGUAGGCUUCAUUUUGGUGGGAAGAGUUUUUGGGAAAGCUUUUAGGAUCUUAGGAUUAGGUGAAAGGAAAGGUAGGUGGGUAAUGGAACAAGAUUUUCAUGGAGAUUUUCAGAUCAAUGUCACGAGGUUUAAUGCUUGUUUCUCCGGUGUCCUUGACUGAAUUGUGCUCAUUCUGGUAUGGUUUGAAAGAUCUCUUCACUCUGCACAAGUUAGCGAAGAAAGUUGUCCUUGACCGUUAAAACUGAUGAGGUUACAAUGGGUAGAAAGGACCUGGAUCUGCACAGGCGGUUCAGGGGCGAAUGGGUUAAACAGAAAGAAAUCAAUCUUUAAACAAACUCUGUGAGGAUGGACAAACGUGCUUGAUGGAUCACACAAUGCUCUGGGUUACUAUUAGGAGUGUGUUCAUUUUUUGACGAAGAAAAUCCCCAGGGGUACUCUGGAUUUCAAGUGAUGGGAAUGAUCGAAUGGAGACAUUAAAAAUCAAAACCCAAAAAAAUCCUGCAUGAGCCUUAAAAAUUUCCAGAAAGCAUUAAAUGGUAUAACACAAAAAAUAAGUUCAAUUCCCUCCCCAGGGAGGGAUGGGGGAGAGAGAAAAUCUACCGAUUUUAUAAAAUGGGCCUGCCGUGAGGCGGUCCGGUUAAUUAGGCAAAUUUUCUGGUGGUAAUUCUGCCUUUCACUGUAAAGGCUGGCUAUCUGCCGCAGUUAGGGGUAGUAACACACUUCUGUUCAGGGCAGUAUAAGUAAAUCUCUUGAUCAGUGACACAUUAGCAAAUGUUUUUGUCCUUGAUAAACCUUGUUUAUGGGGUGUAGCAUGUAAUUGUGGUUGCCAUUGGCAACAAUAGUUUCAUAAGCAUUGCUUAAAAUUUUCUUUUUAAAGGUGAUUUUUACAGAUUUAGUUGGGGGGUGCCCUGCAUCUGGAUCUUCAGCUUCCAUUCACACCUUACCUUUUGGUUUCUAUCAGAUAGAUUUACAUGGUUUGCACAUGCCUUGAAAAGUCCUUGAAAAAACGUCAUGUCCUUGAAAAGUCCUUGAAAAUUGAACAAUUGUGGGAUAUCCUUGAAAAGUCCUUGAAUUUUCCACAGAGGUCCUUGAAUAUUUUUGAAAGCUCCUUGAAUAAAAAAUAACCUUUGUUAAAAAUAAAAUGUUUUGCAUAAAGGAAUGAUUGAAAGCACAGCAAUACACAAAUUUUCUUGGUGAUCCUGAAACUAUUUUCUUAUGAUUUCGGUGUUCCUCCCUAGGAACCGUGCCUUAAUGAAGGAAGGUAUUGCAAUAAGCGAACCCCUCUCUAUCUACACAUUUUAAAGGUCUUAACUUCAUGUUAUUGGGGAAAAGAAGUCCUUGAAAAAAUAAUUUUUGUCCUUGAAAUGUCCUUGAUUUUCUCCCAAAAAUUCUGUAUGAACCAGGCUUACCUUUUGGUUUCUAUGAGAUAGAUUUAGACCAAUAAAGCUGAAAACAUAAAAAAAUAAAACAUAAAGACAAAUAAAAAUGAAUUAUAUAAAAUUCAUAAAAUAAGUUUCAAUACAAAUACAUCUCGAGUGAAAAUCACUAAUAUAAGCAAUAAGGCCAUCCUCCCUCCUCCAUUUUCCCUUUGUUAAUGUUUGAAAAAACAGUAUUGUGCCCCAUUUUAGUACAUUAAGCCCCCUCUCAAAUAAGACCCCUUCAUAAGUGUGCUUAAAAUAAAAUAAAAUGGGCCCGCCGUGAGGCGGUCCGGUUAAUUAGGCAAAUUUUCUGGUGGUAAUUGUGCCUUUCACUGUAUAGAGGAUUUACGGUAUUACUGGUACUUAACAUGAUUAUUUAGAUAUAAAUUCUGUGCAAAUGAUCUUCUAAAGAAGUUUCACUAAUGAAUGCUUCCCACAAGACUUCUGCCUACAGAUUUAAUAAUAAUAAUAUAAUAUUUAAUAGUAAUAAUAAUAAUAAUAAUAUUUACGUGUCAGGAAAUUUAGCUUACAAGCUAAUUGGGGACACACAAAAAAACAAUACAGAAAUAAAAUGCUAAAGAUUAUAAAUAUAUAGGUUUAAUUUAGAUCUAUAAAAUGUAUGAUAAGAAUGUACUGCUAUUUAUAAGAGUACAAGCUCUAAAAAGUAAAUGAAGAGUGGCAUAAAUAGCAAUUCUGACAGCUAUUAUCAACUAGUUCUGCUAUGUUUGUUUUUCUGUUUCUAGAUCUAAACAUUGUUACAGAUGAGAUAUUUCUAAUUUCUUUCAGAAGUUUAGACCAUAGGUAUGGUCCGAAAUAUCUGAUCUUGGGAAAAUGUUUAACGUAUCUAAAAGUGUUGAAAUUCAGGAUAUUGUUCUCAGUUCUUAAAUUGUACUUGAAGGACUUAGUUACAAAUAUAUAAUGUCUCUCAAAUAUGUAGGUAAAAGACCCAUAUGAUAUUUGAACACAGUUUUUGAAAUAUCUUGCAGUCGCCUGUUAUGAAGUGUGCUGAGAUUAGAUUUCUUUAACAGUUCAUCAUAAGUAAUUAACUAUAGAGUGAGAACUGAUCUUUUGCCAUGUCGUGUUCUACAUGUAGGAUUGAGAAGGUCUUAAAUAUAUAUCUAGGACCUUAUGAAACUACAGUGGCGACAGCAAUGAGAAUGUCUAAAACACAAUAGUUAUUUAUUAGCAAAACAAUCACUCUGCACAUACAACAUGAAAUGACCAAAUUUUGAGUUGUCUUGAGAACAAGAAUGGCAAGGUGAUAAAUUUUACUAUCUCUCACUGAACUCAGACGCGGUUCCCUCUCUUCAGUAUCAUCCUAACUACCCUACCUUCAAGUAACUGGGUGACUUGGUAUAAGGGCGGAAAAGUUUCAUAGGAUGCAAAGUCUAUUUUUUUUGGUUCUAUUUUUUCUAUUUUCUAAAAGAAGCCGGGGCCACUUGUUGGAUUGUUCAUAGGAUGCAAAGUCUAUUUUUCAGCAAUGUUUUCCCUAUUAUUUGUUAUGUCCCUAGAAACUUGAAGGCCUGCAGUGUUGACAAUAUUAUUUUUGUCUUUUUGGAAAAGAUGAUGUACAGGAUGCAGUCAACUUAAAGCAAACCCUACAGAUGGACCAAAAAGGAACUCUGGUACUUGAUGUGUCAGGAUAUCCACAACUUACAUACGACUGGACUAAGGAUGGACAGAAAGUAACAUUUGGUGGACGAAUAACUCUCAAUCCACAGACUGGAUCAAUCACCUUCAGCCCUGUACGAAUGAUUGAUGAAGGCAAUUACACUUGCCAAGUAAUCUCUGCCGAACUUGGUGACCACACCUUCGACCCUAUAUCUGCUAGAGUCAUAGGUAAGGUCCGGUCACUGUAAGGCUUUUAUUUUUUUAAAUUUCCACAAUUCAUGAUACAGUGGAAACUCUCGUAAGUAGACAGCCUCAGUUAGAGCUGGUUGCUUAGUAAUAUGGCCACUAUAUAAAGAGAUGUAAGGGUUAUAUGGCCACUUACAAAAGGUAUUAGAAAUUAUGCAAAAACUGUUUCUUAGGGUCUGGCUAUACUAGCUGUUGUUUUGAUGAUGUUAAAAUGAAAGUCUUGUCACAGACCUAAAAUUCAAGUGGUCUUUCGAAGUGUAACCUGAUGUGUAUGUGAACUAAAACAAACACUGGAACCAAUAUAAAAUCACUGUGAAGAACAGUCAUUACGUUGAUUUAUUAAAAUACAAGUUUCAGAUGAGAAUGAGAUUUCGUUCUGGUGUCUGCAUACAGGAGCUUAAAAACAAAGCCAAAAUCAAACUUAGCUAGUAAAUCCUGGAAAUGUCAGCGUCUGCUUAUAGGAAUGUAAAAAAUUAUACAAAGUUUUUAUGGGAAUUGCAACACGGUUUUGUGAAUUUGUGAAGGUGGCCAUAAGUACAGAUGUCUGCUUACGCGAGUCUAUGUUGCGAGAGCUUCCACUCUACAUAACAGUCAAGAAAUUAAAAUAAUAUCAUCAGCCCAAUCAAAAUGUUUUCCAAUAUUGUUGGCAGGAUGACCACUGCAGAGGCAGCUGAGGCCUGUAAAAAAUUGUAAAUAUUAUUUGCAUUUUUGUAAUUUGUUUACCCACAAGGCACUUACAUACAAGUUCUUAUAAGAAUGUAAAAACAUUUUUGUGAAUGAAUGAUGUUUUAUUUCUGUUUCUUUAUUUCAAAUACCUUUUUGUUCUGUACCCCAGAUGCAAUUGCGAGUCAUACCCAGUCAUUUUGCAAAGUGUCGUUUUGGAAAGUAGCAUAAAAUAAUGUAAUCAACCAUGGCUGAAGAAGUAAAAAUCGUAAAUGACUCCAUUGAGAGUUUUAGCAAGUAAAGUGCUUAAAAGGAGGUUGAAAACCUCCAAUUUAUGGAAUAAAUCUUUAGUUCUUGAAAACUGUAAUUUGUCCUUAAAAAAUCCUUGAAAAGUCCUUGAAAUUUGUUUAGGGUUGUCAUUAAGAGGCGGGGGCCGGGGAUUUUCCCCGGCUACUAAGAGAGUGGCCCCCGGCUACUUUUAUUGGAAAAUAGAAGCAAAAAUAGAACCAAAAGAAAUCCCUAGCCGUUUGAUUCCCCGCCUACUUGUUGUAUUUACCCGGCGACUUGAAAUCUUAUUGACAACCCUGUUUGUUUGUCUGAAUCACAGUUGUAUGAGCCAUGUUUGACCGUGGCCAUAUUUGUAGGAGGCAAGUACUCUCAAUGGUCAUUGUACCACCCUUGCUGAGCCUCAACUAAACUUGUGUGGUUUUUAUUUAUUUAUUUGUCUAUCAUGAAUAGACCUUUUUACCGAUGCGGUGGCCAUAUUGAAUUAAUUAGAUUUAAGGAGUAUUAUAUAUGCCCAAGGGGCAUGAGCACAAUCCGAUAAUCUUGCUCCUUAGUAUUUACGUGCGCUUGUAGGGCCAAUUUUUCAUUAAGUUUUCUAAGAAAAAGAUUGUUGUGCCGUGUUUGGAUGUAAUAAUGAUUGCCUUUUUCCCGAGAAAUAUACAGUGAAGUUCUCUUUUUGUCCAAAAAGCACGUGCAGAUACUUCAAGCGAGUGCCUUCCUGGGCAUCCCAUAAUACCCCUUAAAUCUAAUAAAUUGAAUAUGGCCGCCAUGUUGGUAAAAAGGUCUAUUGAACACCUUCAGCGCUUAAAAAGAUAAUUAAAAGAGCUUGAAAAGCUAGUCUGAUUAAAAAGCACUUUUUUUAUGUAUGUAACAGACAGCCCACAAAUCAACAAGUAUGAAGGAGACCCAGUAAAUCGCAGACUCACAGAAGGUUACAACAACACAUUUCACUGUGAUAUUAAGAAAGGAACGCCCAAGCUGUUAGUCACUUGGUACUUUGGAUGGGAUGAUACAUCAAAGAAGGUUGACACUCAAUACGAUAGCCGUUACUCCCAUCCAACAGAAGAAGAGUGGACCAUUACUGGUGUGACCUCGGCAGAUCAAGGGAAAUACAGGUGCAUAGCAACUAAUGACGCUGGCGAGGAUUCGCUGAGGUUUGAAAUCACCCAAGUCGAUGGUGAGUUUUUGCUCUGUUACAGUGUUCUCCCUAAAUUUUAGCUCAGCAGGUAAGGAACCGUUCAUGGCCAGUAAGGCAAAAAAUAGGCGCCCCUGCUGGGUGGAGGGGGUAGUGGAAUGAGGGACAAUGCCUGGAAAUUUAAGAGCUAGGUCUUCUGAAACGUCAUUUCCUCAUUUUAAGACCUAUUCUGCACAAAUCGGCCGUCGUUAUCUGUAGACAACAAUUUAAAAUGUUCAACUCCAAUAAUUUUACUCUGUCUUCAACGUUCUCUGUCCAACAUGCGUGGCCCAUUUCUUGUGAGAAUCAGAUUGGAUCACAGCUUGCGUAUUUUUUAAAACAAAUUAUUUUAUGUUAGUAAACCUUCAAGCAAUUGGAGGCGGAAACAAGUGUUGCUCCAGGCGGUAAAUUUUACCGGUUACCGUCUGAUAAGGAGAACACUGCUGUUAGCGCUUGAAGAGAACUAAAGAAAGGACUUCUGAUAACAUGCAAUGGAGCAAUUGGCCUCAAAUAGCAUCUGAUUACACCAUUUGAGGAAAAUCACAUUAUUCUUAAAAAAUCUUUCCAAACUGAAGUCCAUUUCAAUCCUGGUUAUCAAAAGCCAAGUCAGUAGUUGAGUCACAGUUAAAGAUGCUAAGAGUAAAUUUCAAACCAACUGAACUCUUAAAGUUUUAAUAAUUUGGGUGCAUGGAUUCCAAUUUAAGGGCUUUAACACAAUAACAAAAUUGAAUUAUACAACACCAAGGAAUGCAUGUACAGUCCCCUGCAGCUAACAAUUGCCAACAAUUGGCAAAACUAUUGGUAACAGCACAAAGUAACAUAAACUAAAUCACAGCGUGCAAUAACUGAUGAUAUGUACCGCGUCCAGACAAUCUGUGAGCCAGCAAGCCAUGCAAGCCAUGGGAAAAAAUAGAGUUUUAUGAAGUUGUAAAAUAAUGCAUGAAAAAUGUUUUCUGCUUAGUUCCGAGGUUUUGCUGAUUGACUAUUUGCAGAAUUAUGCAGUAUUGAUCGACUUUCACUAAUUAGGGUUAAGCGCUCAUUUUACUUACUAGGGUUAAGCGCUCCCUUUACGGAUUGAGGUUAAGCGCUGUUUAGGGUUAAAAACUUUUUUUUUGAUUAGGAUUAAGUGCUUUUUCGUGUUUUAAAACACUUAUUUACAACGGUUAGCUUUCGGUUAUUUCUUCUCGUAUAGGCAAGUCUUUGCUGACGCCAUUGUUUACAUUUUUCCUCAUUAGCAUACAACUUAACUCAUAAAAGCUGUGGCCGUAUAUAUGAACUAAAUGCAAAAGUUGAAAGUUGAGAAAUUUGUGCAAUUUUCAGCUCUUUGCAAGCAAUAUUGAAGGAAAUAUCAGUCAUCAAAAACUGCGAAAUUGCUGUGUGGAAAAAAGUUAAUGAGCCAUACUUUCUUUGUAAAAUUCUGAGUUUUUAGAAGAGAAUUUCUCCGAAACCAUCCAGUGUAUUGGGCUCAAAUUUUCAGAGAUAACUGAAACUGUUAUGCCCUUUCAAUAUUCCGAGUUUUUAUUUUAUUAGCAUCAUCAGAUAGUGAUAAGCAUAUGUUAAUGAGGCAAAAAGUGUAAACAAAGAUUUGCCUAUUACUGCUUUUUCUAUUUUUCUUUCGCAUGGCUUGCUGGCUCGCACUGUGCCUUAACUAAUAUGUACCUGCUUUUUCAGUUUCGCCUUUGAUUGAUCCUGUGCUGACAGAUGUUACGGUGGACGAAGGGGUUAAUCAAGAUUUGGUUUGUAAAGUGUCUGGCUCACCACAACCAAUGGUAGAAUGGCAGAAAGAGGGUGUUCGAUAUCGUCCCCAAACGGUAAACUGCAAUUUUACAUACAAAAAUUAUCAUACUGUAAAAUUCCGAAAAUAAACCCCUCCAAAUAUAAGCCCCCCAAACUGGUAACACAAAAAAUCCUCUGUUAAAUCGCCCCUCCAAAUAUAAGCCCCCGGGGGCUUGUAAUUGGAAAAUUGCCCUCAAAUAUAUAUAAAGUAAAACAAAGCAAAAACGGGAAAUUUACUUCCAACUAUAAGGCUAGCCCAAUCAUUGUUUAAAAUGCAAAUUUCCCUCUGUAGAUAAGCCCCUGCGAAUAUAAGCCCCUCAAAAGGGGCCUUUGAAAAAUAUAAGUCCAGGGGCUUAUUUUUGGAAUUUUAUGGUAUGUUGAAGUUGUAGAAAGGAGAAAUACUCAGCUUGAUCAACCUAAAAAUGGCAAGUCUUAUAAUUACACAACAUUGACUGUCUCAAUGAAUUUUCUGCAAUUAGAAUUAUUAUUAGAGUGUUGAAAUCUUGAAUGAUAGCAUGAGGAAGCUGAGGUAUGCCCCCUGAGUUCACACUGACUUUUCUUUCCCCCCGUUAUUUUACUUUUAAUCAUGUAUUAAUAUAAGGUGCUUUAAUUGGCUGUAAUUGCUCAGAUUUUCUGGCAGGCACCGGAAAUUAUUGGUGUGCAGGUGCAUGUGGGCUGCCUGCAAUCAAAUUUUUUGAUCUGUGGCUGACAGCGAGUCUCUUGCCCAUAGUGUGAAAGUUGUGGAUCAUGAUACGUUUCUGGGAAACUGCCCACCUACCCCUCCCCUAAGCUAACACUAACACUUAGUUCUCACUUAGGGCAAAAUGUUGGCUUAGGGGAGGGGUAGGUGGGCCCAAAGUUGGAAGGUAUAUCUCCUACGCUGAAACAGCAACUUAGGGGCUGUUUACAUGGAGGAAGGAAAAUCCUAGAAGGUGGAUCAUAUAUGUGCCAUAUGUUUUCUGUAUAAUCGAUUUACAUACAAGGCGUCACACUUGUCCCUAGUGCUGAUUAAGAUCCUAGUACUAGAAAGACAGGUGGUAACUGGUAUAAUAUCAUAGGUGACGAAUUACUCCUUAAUUUUGGCGCGAGAUUUCAGCGUUAAUUUGUAAUUUCACAUGUGAAAUUACUAAAUUGCCAUGGCAACCUGCCAUACGUCUCCCUUUCAAGAUGGCAACGAAGUUUUAAAAUGUCAUGAAUGAAGAUGUCAGGGCAUAAAAAGACGCCUUAGAAAACCUGAACACACGAAAGAGCACAUCAAGAAGGAUUCUUAGAGGUAUGUUGUCGAAAAAUUCUGAGAACUUAAGCCAAAUUUUAGCUCUAAACGUUUGAGAGUGGAGUUCACGAUCGAUCGAUAUGAUCCAGGAUAAACAAGUCAAAAAUCCUCGAUUGCUAACGUAAUUCGUCACCCAUGAUAUUAAUAGGUAAUCAAAUGGUAUACUUGUGAAAUUAGGGAAUAAUUUCACGCGUGUUUUGUCCAAAUCCUUAUAAUUUCCCGAGCCUAAAGGCUCGGGAAAUUAUUAGGAUUUGGACAAAAUGCAAGUGAAAUUAUUCCCUAAUUUCACUCGUCACCAUUUGGUUACACAUACAAAUUUACCCCUUGAAACAAUACUUCUUUUCUGCUUGCAACUGCUUCAUGUGUUGCUAAAAAUUAAUGAAAUAAGUUGUUUAAAAAAAUAUGCAAGUUGUGAUCCAAGCCGAUCCUCACAAGAAAAGGAAGUAAAUAUGGAAAAACAAAAAGUAUACACAGCUAUUCUCUCUGAUUGCUUUUUCUAAAUACCGACUCAGGUACGUUUCGAAGCACUGCAGGCUAACAAUUUUUUCGUGGGCUUCUGUCCUAAUUCUAGACUUUCUCGACAAGCAGGAGAAGUUCUCGACUUCCGUGACUUGUGUUACUAAAAUAAUUGACCCUGGCAGCAAAGGCAGCUUUCAUUCAUAAAAUUGUUUGUUUGGAGGUGAAGAGACAAAGAAAGGAAAAUGCGUGGUCCCUUACCUGCUGAGUGAAAAUUUAUUGAGAACAUUGGGAAGAUCCUAGCCACACGUAAACUGCCUUUGCUAGAAAGAUCUUUUAAGGAUAAGGAAAACCAGGUAAAAAUGGUGGCGAGUCAUUCAGUGGGUAACCAUGGCAAUAAGGUCUAACGGUUUCAUUUGACAUUACCACAAGCAGGUUAUUGUGAUAAUUCUUCUAAAACGUAGUUAUCAACGCCAGUAAAGAGAGCAGAAGGGCCCAAAUUGCAUUUUUGUUUUUGUUGAAAGCCACCUUUACUUGCUUCUCUACAUGUAAACCCUAUGAAAACUUUGUUCCAGCUUCUUCAAUGUACGUAGGAUCUUCCUCCCUCCAUGUAAACAGCCCCCUUUACUGCUUAACCCUUUAAACCCUAAGAUCAAAAUUUGAAUUCUCAUUUGUUGCCCCCAUUCAUUUCCUACAGAAGUAGUGAGGAGAAGUUGAUAGAAUAUCAAGCACAUUCAUCUUGUGUGAUCAUGUCCAUAAUUCUCAUGACCACUCUGUUUCACAAUGCAUUGAUAUUACAUUGAGAAAUUCGAUGCUGAUCACUCUUGGCUUAAAGGGUUAAGAAACUAACCACCUAUUUUUUGGUGUAGAGGACAACUGAAGGAAACAAGGUUGUCCAGACAAUAUCUUUUGCAAGCAUCCAAAGGGGGAAUGGUGGAAGAUACACCUGUAAGGCAAACAACGGCGCAUUGGAUUCCAACGGAAAGGAAAUUAUAGUGACCCAAACAAUCAACCUCAACGUUAAUUGUAAGUUUGUUACUCAUGCGUUGUACAUGUACUGAUCCCUGCACUGUUAUGAAGUCAUUGCUGUUUUGGUUAAUUCUAUCCUUAAGUCAUUACUGAGUGUCUCAAGCAAUACACACAAUACUCGAAAACAGUAGAGGUUGUGGGCACCGCUUUCAUGGUGUGUGACUUGUGUUGUCGUUGGUCUGGGUGGGCUAUGUGAGUCUGAGAUCAUACAUUGAAUAAAAUGGCCAAGAAAGUGGGCUAUACUAUAAUGCUAAUACCUGAUCCUAUCCGUUUGGUUCUCUACAUCUGCUGCAAGAGAUGAAAAUUGGCACUGUUUUCUUUAAAUGGGUGGUUCAUUUGGGCUCCUAAGUUUUUCCAAAAAGGCUGUGUCUAAAGCUUAUAUUAAUCAUACACUUGACACCUGCUUUGUAACGAGGCCCUGUCAGGCUAAAAUUCCUAUGGCGUCAUGGACUUGAAACAGUGGAAUAAGACUGGAUGGAAUGAUGAGAAAUGACAUGGAGAUGGGUUAAAACAGGGACAUAGCCUACUCCUCAAAACACACAAUGACUGUAUUUGAAAUUCAGACAAGGGACUUAUGUAACCCCUCCCCCCUCCCCCCAGAGGGCCUCUGUAAUGACCCUUUAAUCUCCUACAUAUUUACAGUGUAUGACACAUGUCUUAAUUCCAGGAUCAAUCCUGUGACAAACUACUUUUUUUGCAUUUAGCUCCCCCAAUGAUUGAUACACGGUCGUCACCUACUCCAGUGUACUCUUUUAUUGGCUACCAGAAAGAGGUCAACGUUGCCUGCAAGUUCUCAGGGUACCCAACACCCCUGGUCAAAAUGGUCAACAUGAGUAGUGGACAGGAAGUCGCGCGAGGAAACAGUUCAGCUAGUUUUAAAAUUACCACUGACUCAGACAACGACUUUGGCACAUUUAACUGCACAGCUGAGAAUUCGCUUGGAGUGAAACACUUCUUGGUAGAACUUAAGGUAGCAGGUAUGUUGCAUACUGGUGUAUCAUGCUCAAAUUAACAAUUUCUAUUUGACGACAAUUUUCCAUGGUCUGUGCUCUGUACUCUUCUCAACUAUAGAAGUGAACUCAAAAUGUUGAUAAACUCAAAUGAAACCACAAGCCACAGGCAAGUGGUUUCACUGCAAAGUUUUUAACAUUUUGACAUCAUUUCUAUGGUCAACAAGAGUAACUUUUUCUAGAAAGAAGACACAAGUAGUUUAAAUAAUGUCAUAAAACAAACAAUAUCAUAAAAACUGGAUGAAAAUGUAAAUUAUGAUGUGUUUCAUGAAGGCCUACUAGUUUUAUGUUAUACUUUAGUCGUGUGAACCCUAUAUUUUAGACAAUUUUUAAAAAGGUUUUUUUAUCGGUUUACACAGAAUUUGUUUACAUGCAAAAAUACGUAAUUUAAUUAUUUUGUUGAUACAGUGUUAACAGUUGGUUACUCUAUUCAAACCUGCUGGCUCCUUCAGUUUUUAUUGCAACCCCUGUACAUGUGUGAGAUUCCUGCAAUGGAUUUUGUUGGGAAAAUUUCGGUGUUUUGGAUAGGUUAGGGUUUCCAUCAUUUUUAUUGUGAUGUGUUAUUAUUACCUCAUCGGUACCUAAUUUUGUGGGUCAUUAAUUUCACCUUUUUCUCACACAAAUCCUUGUGAAGUUUAAGCACCCUCAAUUAUACUACCCAAGCUCAUAGAAAAACCAAAUGACAAUUAACAUUUGAUAGGAAAGACAUACAUUAACAAACACAAAUUGCUAACAGCUGGCUUUACUGGUAAGCUCCAUUGUUUUGCCUGUUAAAAUCGGCAAAAUAAAACCCCGCGAAAUUCUAUGUUGCCAAAAUCGCGAAUUUGAGUACCCAUGAAAUCAACUACCAUUAAGGUAUAAUGCAAUUAUUCUAAUAAGCUGAUGUGAUUUCAAAGGGAAAAAAUAUUAUUUUAGGAACAAAACUGAGUCUUAACUGACUACUUGUGUGUACACAGACACUCCGAGUGGACCACGUAAUCUGGCGGCAUUGGAAACAUGCAAAAGCAUCACUCUUAAGUGGGAAGCUCCUGAAAGCAAUGGUGGCUUGGAGAUUUUGCGCUACAAUGUAAGACUCACGAAAGACGAUGCCGACGUGCGCAUACAGAGUGUUGGAGCAUCGCAACGGGAAGUGAAAAUUGAUUACCCUUUUGAGCCCGACACGGCAUAUAAAGUUUAUCUUACAGCACAAAAUGAUAAAGGAUAUGGACAACAGGAAAUGCUGGAGGUCACAACCAAAAAAUUCUGUGAGUGUAAUUUUCAUCGCUUAGGGUGUGUUUGAUUGAUUGUAUUUCAGAAUACACAGGUUAGAAUACAGAAAGUUCUUAAACAAAUCUCUUCUACCAUGAUUAAGUACAUUGGGAUACUUUAUUUCAUGCAGAUUCCUAAAUACUGCAAUAUAUUUACAAUGAAUAUAUGGCAAAAAUAGAUUUCUAGAAAUAAUUCCGUUUGUUCUUAUUCUGGAAUACAGUCAAUCAAACAUGUCCCCAAUACAUGUAAGAGAUGCUUUAGAAAAAUAACAUUAGAAACCCUUUUGUCAAGCUGACCAAAGCAGGAGUAAACCCACCAUGGAGGUACAUGUAAAGUGGUAAAACGAAUUUUUACUAGAAUGUGAUUUUGAUAAAAAUUAUAAGGUUGUCACCCAAUGAACCAAAAACAGUUUCUUGACUUAAAAACAAGACUGAAAACCUGGGAAAUAAGUACAACGUUACAAGACAGUGUGCUAUUUUUUUUGCUAGAGGUGUCAUCAAAUUGUAAAUAAAAUCCUUGUAAUGCCUCCUAUAACUAGAUUAGCUUUUUAACUAUUUUCUGGGUCGCUUCAUACCUUACAAAAGAAGUACAGUCGACUUGCGAUAACUCGAACCUUUAAGGGAAAUCGAAAAUAGUUCGAGCUAGCGGGAGUUCAAGUUAUCAGGAGUUCGAAGUAACUAACCAAAACUAUAAGGAAAUAGGAUGGGGAAAGAAUUCAAGUAAGAUGUACACCUCAAGUCCUUGAUAAGUACUCAGUGCUGGACACUGUAUUUAAACUGGACUGACCAGAAAUUACAGACAAUACAAGGUUGUUAAAAUUCAAUGUUUUGGACUGCAUUUUUUGACUUGUCAGGGCAAUCCAAUUAGUUCGAGUUAUCAAGGGUAAAUUUAUAUAGAAAUGGUCUGAAGGGAAACAAAACUUACUUCCAGUUAGCGGGAGGUUCAAGUCAUCAUGGGUUCAAAUUACCAAGGGUAAAUUUAUAGUAAAUGUAUGUAAGAAAUCCAUGGGAAAUCGAUUUUAGUUUAGUUCGAGUUAACAUGAGGUUUGAGUUAGCAAGGGUAAAUUUAUAGCAAAUGUAUGAAGGAAAUCCAGGGGAAAUCGAUUAUAGUGUAGUUCGAGUUAGCGUGAGGUUUGAGUUAGCAAGGGUUCAAGUUAUCAUGAGCGGACUGUACUGUGUUUUUUCCUCUCUUGACUUUUCUGUGCAUGGUAUAAAAAUAAAGUUCUUGUCUUCAGGUUUGCCAAGUAGACCAGCAAUAACCAACACAGAACUUGAAGUUGAAACAAGCUUCACGCUAACCUGGCAAGCACCCUCUGACGAUGGCGGCGAUAGUAACCUCAGAUACAAAGUGGAAUGGAGGAAAAAGCCAGUCACUGAAGACACAGUGGCAAAGGAAGAAGACAACAUUGGGGAUCUUAGUCUGACCAUAGAAGGUCUUGAAGGUCUUGCAGAGUACGAAUUUAAGGUCUUUGCCAAGAACUCGGAAGGUUAUGGUGAGCCUGACACGAGGACCUUCAUAGUGAAACAAGCCCCAAGUAAGUUGAAUAUCACCUAUGAUUGGUUCUGUUUUACAUGUCAAAUGUGGUUAGCUUAAAUGCAUUGUACCUAACAUGUUUUUCAGUUAAUCAACUAAAACUCAUCAGUAGUAAUAAAAAUGCCGAGUCGGAUCUCACGUUGACAUCAGACAAACUAGAUUAUGCUAUGCUCUAGUCCUUCUAUUGAGCACUCUGCCAAUAGGCAUGCAUACGUAUCAACUGGUAAAACUCAUCAUGGAUAUGUUUAAAAAAUCAUCAUAGUAAUAAUAAUUAUUAUUAUCAUGACUAAUAUAAAAGAGAUAGAGGAUAAAUCAUUACAUGGUUGUGUGGAGGAGGUAAUGUCUCUUUGGGGGAGCAUAGCAAACUAUUGAAUUUUUUUUCAAAUAUUUUGCAUGUCCUAUUUAUUUAUAUAUUUAUUUAUUUAUUUAUUUAUUUAUUCAUACUUACAUUGUAGCUUGUUUCAUACCUUCUGUGCCAUACAACACAAGUCAUAUUAUUCCUAUUAUUUUGUUAAAAAUUUCAUGUCUUCUCUUAUCCCCUGAAAAGGUUUGGUCAGUAGUAAUAAUAACUAUUACUUAUUAUAUUAUGAAUCCUAAAUUGUCAGUAACACAAAAAGUGAAAUAAUCACAUACUGUAUAACAUGAUCAGUCACCCAUUUUAGCAACAAAAUAUUGAGACAGAACAUGAACCUUGCACCGGAAUAAUUUCAAGCAUACAUUUCAUUCUAUUGCAUCCUUUUUUACACUUUUCAAGGGCUAUAAAUGUAGUAAGUUAUAUGAAAUAACUCCAGAGAAAAGGUUCUCAUGGGAGCCCGAGAAAACAAACUUCACAAGCUAGUAAUUCACAUUUCACAAAAAGAAAGUCUUACAGGUGACUAUUUUACCUGUGUUUUCUCAACUCCUUUGAAAUUUGAAAUCUAUUUUCUUGGCCUCAAAUAAGAAAUUGCCUUUGGUGUUUUUACAGAUAACUAAUUAUAACUAUAUCCCUUGAAAAGUGUAAAAAAGAGUGCAAUAUGGCUUAAAAUAUUCUGGUGCAAGGUUUUUGCUAGCCUGUGAACUGCAGACGUAUUUUUGGUCGACACUUCUCUCCCUCUGAAAAAUAAUAAUAUUUUUUGGAGGGCGAUAAGCGACGACCUUAAAUACGUCUGCGGUUCGCAGGCUACAUUUUUGUCCACUGAAAAUAAAAAUUACUCAAUUUCCUAGCCUAAUGGAUUCUGUUUUAAUGUUUUACCUAACCUCUUAGCAGUUAUUAAAAUGUGAUGAGUCAUUGCGAAUGAUAAUCUCGUACAUUUAACCAGGAAGAAGAAUUAUAAUAAAUUCACCAUAGUUAUUGCCAUAACUGAACAUGAAAGAGAAUAGUUAAUCAUCUAACAUGUUAUUAAAGCUAGAAGAGAAUUGAUUGUCUGUUGUUUUUCUUUUUAACUAUAACCACAAUUAAAUGCAUUUGGUUAGAAGUUGAAUUAACAGAUAAUCAAAAAAAUUGUAAGAACUUAAACUUUUCUGUUUGAUAUUGGUUUAAGCACUAAGAGAUUCUAAACUAUAAAAUUUGUUUUGUUUCUCUGCCCCUUUUGAUUCAGAAAAAUACACGACUGACGAUCCUGGCCCAAGUAAGUGCCCUUUAUUUUUGCCCUUUAUUUAGUUACCUGAAAGACCUGGAGUGGUUGUGUAAUAGGAAGAAAAAUUAAGACGGAAUCUACUAGGAAACUGAGUAAUUUUAAUUUUGAGUGGACAAAAACCUGGUACCAGAAUCAUUUAAAGCACGUUGCAUUCUUUUUUUACAUUUUUCAAGGGUUAAAGAUGUAAUAAGUCACUUGUAAUAACACCAAAGAAAAUUUCUUAUGGGAGCCCAAGAAAAUGAAUGUCAAAUGUCACAAAAUUACAGCUUACAAAUGAGAUUUUCAGAAUUUUACCUACGUUUUCACAAUUCUUGUUAAAUUUGAUAUUCAUUUUCUCAGACUCCCACGAGAAAUUUUCUUUGGUGUUAUUACAGAUGACUAAUUACAUCUUUAGCCAUUGAAAAAUGCAAAAAAGAAAGCAAUAUUCUUUAAAUUAUUCUGGUACAAGGUUUUUGUCCACUCAAAAUUAAAAUUACUCAAUUUCCUGGUGGAUUCCGUCUUGCAUCAAUAUUUGAAAGAUAUUGCAAAAAAAAACACACCACCUUAAAAGAACAAGUCCUCGGUCUGAAAUUUGAUGAAUGAAACAACAUACAAAUAAGAACCAGUUCAGCCUGCCAAAAUUGAACAGGUUCCUAUGGAAAAAAUGUGGGUAUGAAACUUGCAAAACAGUGGCUAUUAUCAAAGUGUGAGUGCUAGUCCAUUAAAACACAGCAUAUAAGUGAUUGAAAUUUUCAGAGGAAAUUAAUUAGGCUUCUCAUUAAUCCAGGCUAUAAUAUUGCAUAAAAGAAAUAAAUGUACACCCACUAUUAAUAAUGGUCAAUGAAAAAAUGAUCACAGAAUUUCAAAAGAAACAAACAGAAGAUUCAUGUUCUUAAAAAGAGGUACAAUUUGAAGGGAAAAAAGAGCCUCAGCCUUUUGUUGAAAGAGUAACAAAUCAGUUAGGGACAAAUCUGGAUCUUGGGGCGAAAGGAAUAUAUUAAUUUUUACUUUCCCCUUGUAAAACAUAAUAAAAAAUUUUAGAUACUCUUGUUGACAAUUAAAACUUAGAAUUUAACGAUCAACAUGAUAUUAAUUUGAGGAGGACUCGGAAAAAAAAUCCGAGUCCCAGGUGGGAUUUGAACCCACGACCCUCCGUGAUCUAGUCGGAUGCUCUAACCACUUGAGCUACUGGAGACUCUAUGGUGAGCAAGGGCCAAUUUGUGGGUCUCGACUGGAACCGCAUCACGCGGCUACACAGCCAAGCAAUGACUGGCACACAAGAAGUGAAGAGGGUCGGAGGGUCGUGGGUUCAAAUCCCACCUGGGACUCGGAUUUUUUUUUCCGAGUCCUCCUCAAAUUAAUAUCAUGUUGUUGUUGUUUCAUCUUUAAUAAUUUAACGAUCCUUUGUUAUAUUUAGGUUAGGAGUAAAUAGCUAUUUUUUUUUUACAGUAAAACAUAAACUGCAUCAUUUGCCUGUUAAACAUAAUUUAGCAGUUGUAAAAAAUUAAAAACAGCUUUUGUUAAAACUGAGAUAAUGCCAGUUUUAUUUGUAAGUCUUUUUAAAUCUUAAGCCUUGAUUUUAAAAUAUGUUGCUUGGUAAAAUAAAAUAUUAAAGUUGAAAAUUAAAAGUAAAAGCCAUAUAAUAUUUAUUUGAUAAUGGAGAUUUACAUCCUAACAUUUUUAAAAUUUAAAAUAAUAUUGCAUUUGCAAUUGAAGUAUUAAGAUUCAUAAAAAUUAAAUAAUACAAUUAACUGAAAUAUGUAAAAAGCUAAAAAUAUUAAUAUUUAUUUUACGCAAUUUUUGCCCUUCACCAGCCAUACUAAAAUAUCUUUUAUUUUAGUACCAUCUACCACAAACCUUAGUCACGUUUUCUUUCAAUUUUCUUUUGACUCCAAAACAUUUCAUAUAUGUUACUGUUAAAGGCUGCUUCCCCUUGCUUCUGAUAUAUGUUAUACCUUUUCAGUUACAUGACACCAGUGAUUUUUUUUAGUUCCCGUCUUUCUCUAAUAACUCUUCAAGAAUCUUUGUACUUGAUUUACUCUAAAUACUAUUUCCAUGCAAUUAUCACUGUGACAUGUGUUUCUAACUUGUACAGUUGCACAUUACAACACUUUAAUGCUCUUACUACUAAUCUUUCUUGUGCUCUAUGUAUGGUAAAUAAGAUGUAUGUCCUCCGCAGGCAGAGCCUUUCUCUUGUUCACUUUAUUUUGUCUUUUGGAAGAAAAAUAAUAUUAUUUCUUGCUAAGCGUGCACUGGGAGUUGGUAGCCUGGUACAGAUUGAACCCAGGCAAAUCACUAGAGCACUAGAAUGCUAUUGAACGGAAAAAUAUGAUUCUUGCUACAAGAAUCUGAACACCUAGUGGUGUUGAGUUACAAGUUUCUUGACUUGAACUGAGACUAACCUUUCAGACGUUCUUUGUUAUUAGCUCCUUCGACUACUUCUACUACCACCAGGGUCACUGAGUUACAAACAACUGCAUCCUGUAAGUGUCCGUGAUAUGGUCUGAUCCUUUUUUCCAUUCUUGAAAGGCUCUUCUUGACUCAUCUCCAGUGCUCUUUUAUAACAGUUUUCUGUAAGCUUAGCUUGCAGUGAGUGAGUGAAGCAUACCGGUACAUCUUAAAACCUAAAGAAAAUGUGAAAACUAGACUGUAAAAAUUCAGUCAAUACACUGAUUUUAAAAAAGUACCUACAUGUAAACACAGGCUUUAUUGCCCUUGCACAAUCUUUCUAUGUCAUGAAAUUUCUGCAUUUUUUGGAAAGAUUGCAUGGAAAGAUGGAAUUCAAAUUUACCAGACCAGAAUUAAGGAUUGCAAAUUGUGACAAUAGCAGGGAAAGAAACUGAGAAAAACAAAUCUUCAUUUUUCUCUCUUGAGUUUCUAACAGUGCAAUAAUGCCAGGAAAAGACCUUGGUUACACACUUGAAAUUGGAAUGCACAGAAACAGUAUUACAUAACUCUUGCCACUUUCUUUUUCUGUCCUUAAGUCAGGAUAUACCUGUUAAAAACCUUCAUCUUACUACCUGCCUUGAGACCAUCUUACUAGUAGUUCAGUCAUGCAAAAUUGUGUGCAUUUUGUUUUUGAUACUAGUAUCCUUUCAUUGUACAUGGCAUUCAUACAUGUACUAAAGACCUACUGCACAUACUCAUGACCUUUCCACACUUGUACACAAUCCUUUUUCUCACUUGUAUCCUUUCAUUAUACAUGCCUUUCAUACAUGUAUAUGUACUGAAGAUCAGACCUACUGCACAUUCUCAUGAUCUUGUCACACUUGGGCGUUCCUGCGUAUCCUUUUUUCUCACUCCUAUCCUUUCAUUGUACAUGGCAAUCAUACAUGUUCUUAAGACGUACUGCACAUGCUCCUGGUCUGACAUGAUCUUGCCGCACUUAUACUCAAUCCUUUUUUUUCUCACUCGUAUCCUUUCAUUGUACAUGGCAUUCAUAUACUUUACUUUCUUAUGAUCUUGUUACAUUUACGCACUCUGUGUUUCCAUGCUUAAGGAAAGUUGUGUGGAUAAGGGAUUUCAUAUGUUUGAUUCUCAUCUGCCUUAGCCACUUCAAAUCUUCCACGAGCAAAUGAACCUUCAUUCAGUCUCUUUAUUUGUCUGUGCACAUUACCUUGCUGAACACAUUUCCUCUUCUCAUCUUAUUGAACCCAAGCAGUGGCUACCAUGCUUAUUUUUCACGAAGAACACAAAUUCUAUUUCACUCUCUAAAUCUGUUCUCUCUCUCUGUGAAUCUGCUUGUAGCUACAGGGGAAUCAACCAAACAACUUAUAACUACUACAGCAAGUACAUGUAAGUUCAGAAACAUUUUAACCAUAAAUAACAAUACAUUACUACUGAUUGUUGAGAAAUAAGCACACUAUGAAAGAAUCUGUCCUGCUACUUUCCUUAACUAAAAUAAGCAUUUUCUCAUUCGCCACUGUGUAGGAUUUCAAUUUUUCUUUUUUUGAAAAUUUUCCAGCCGGUUUUCACAGUCCAGAUUCAUAUUACCAUAGUUUGGAGAGACCUGUAAAUCUCUUUGUUUUCCACUAAAUUCUCUUUGGUUCAUUCUGUGGGGCAAAAAAUGCUAUGACCAGCCGCCAGAUUUCUAGGCAAUUACAGUAUAAAUACCAGAAUGUAAAGUAAACUAUGGCAGAAUGUGUACUUUACACCAUUUCCCAUUGUGAGCCUCAGCUUGGAAAAAAAAUGGUACAAACAUUUACUGAAAUUAUGGUAAUUUAUAAAAGGUGCAGUAAUAUCGAUGUUCAUGCAAAAAAGUUUAGUUUGUACAUUUUCUUGGGCUAAUCUAUAAAGUACAUUCAUCUUUCUUUCACUACCCAAAAAAUUGGGUUGGUACAUUCAGGUUUGAAAUUUUUCUUACCAAAGAAAACUUCGAAGCACAGCAAUAUUGUCAUUGUCUAAGCAAGGAGAAGGGCCAAAUUUAGCAGAAACAUCUCAUCCAUUCUGGCGGUCUUGCAUUUGUGCAUGCAUCUUACGGCAAGUUGUGUGGAUUACCUAAACAUUUUUAAAACAAAGAAAAUAAAGCAAAUAAGGAAGAAAGGAUUAUAAUAGCUUUUGUUAUAAGAAUCAAACAAAACUUCAGCAGGAUGAGUAGAUCUAAGGACUCCUAAAAAUAAAAAUAGCAAUAAUAUCUUAUUAACAACCACAUUAACACAAUUUAUUAAGAGAGAACAAACAUUAAAUUUACUGACCUUGCCCAAUAUUAUGACUAGCAGAGUUAAUGUGUUAAACCUUAGGGGUAUUAAAUACUAAAAGGUUCUCUUUAUAUCACUCUGUUAAGAUUUCUAGCAGCCUGGAUAUUUUUUAAGAUACAAGACAGCAGACUGCCUCUGAAUCUUUAUAAAAAGAAGAGACUUUUCUCUCUCUGAGAAAUUCAAAUCAAGCAGAUCAAGAAGAACUUUCAAUGUUACAUCUUCGAGAGUAGGGCUAAUGAAAACUUAUGCUAACCAAUCAAUAAUUAUUACUCUGAUUUUCUAAUCACAAAAAAUUAAAUUCAGUGCUUGAGCUAAAGUUCUGAAGCAGUUUUAAUCAUUAUGUGCUUAACCAUUACGUAACAAAUAAUGCCAAAUGAAAAUGAACAAGACCUACUAACUUAUAAAGGUUUGUAUUGCUAACCUGUCACCAUUAUCAUCGACAUAACAAAGCAGACCUUGUGUUACUUCAAGAAAUGGCGUUAAUGAACACACUUAAACCUUUUCAAUUUUCAUCUAACAUCCAACAAUGUCAACCUUGAUAACCAAAUAAGACAUGAGAUCUACCAAUCUUUUUAACUCUUGAAUGUUGAUCAAUCAGCACGUGAUCUCUCUUUUCCAAAACAAUUCUUGAUCACUAAAUAUUCACGAGAAUAUUGGAAUUGAUCAUCAAGGUCCAACCACAGUCAUAUUAACAUCUAACAAUGACAACCUUGCUGUAACCAAAAGAGACAUGAGAUGUGCUAACCGUUUUAACCCUUGAAUGUUGAUCAGCAUCUCACUUCUCCUUUCCACAACAAUACUUGAUCACUUAAAUAUUCAUGAGAAUAUUGGAAGUGAUCAUUAAGUUCUAAUCACAAUCAUCUAAUGAUUUUACCUUCCGUCAACUAACUGUUUUAGUUUAAGAAAUUAAUCCAGUGCAGAGAAUAUUAUUUGUUGGUACUUUUGGAUACGUGGAGAAGAAACUUGCUUAUAUCGUGGCUCAAUUUUAAGUCAUUCUCAUCCAAGGAAUCAAAGAAUCAUUUUUUUCUGGAAGCAUUUUUUCGGCUCAAACCACAAGAUGUUAUCUUUUUUCAAGAGAGAGCGCUUUGAAUCUACUUACACAACCUUUUGAGUGGAUUUUUUAUCACGUAGUCAACAGGUAAGUUUACAGGCCAGGAUUAAAUUGGUUCUUGAAGUUUGCUGUCUUGUACUUGAAAAAGAAAACUUCCAGGUUGCCAGCUAUCUGAGCAUUGUGUUGUUAAGGAUAAUAUGAAUAUGACAGUUAUAUUUCAUGUCCAAGGUGAAAAUUCUCCAGAGAACCUCAAUUAAAAAUUUAAGAAGAUUAAAGUUAAGGUUGACAUUUAUGCAGAAGGUUCGCACCGUAGAGGUAUAAAAGUGCUAGCCUGUAAAAAAAACUAAGGAUUUAACGAUCGAUUUUAACAUUAUCUGAGUUACGUAGCAGAGCUAAAAAGCGUAGUAUUUUGUCUUGUAUUUUAAAAGCUCAUGUAUUAGAAUUGGUGAUUUUCUUAGUGCACGAAUACAAGUUUUGCAAGAAAGAAUAGCAAUUUCAUAAACCGCGCAGCAUUUAAAUACUUUUCUUCAAAAGCGUUACUUAAAGAAGACAGAUAUAACCUACGUACGCUAGAAAUAACGACAUAAAAAUUAACAUUAAAAUACCUUCAAUGAGCGCUGCCAUUUUGAACACUUCCCAGGAAUCUAUGCGGUCGAAAGGGACGCAAAGGGUAUGUUUUAUUUCUUCGCAAAGCUUGUCAGUUUUCUAUAAAAGCUUGCCCGACAUAAAUAAACAUUAGGUUUUAACCAAUAAGAACACGGAUUGAUCUGAAAAAUAAAUAACUUGAAACUCAUAAAAAAUAAAUGCAAGUAAUCCGACUUAUCGUAGCAUAGCUGGUAACCCUGUGGAACGUCACACCAAAUUUAGGUGGCCUGUGUCCAUCUGUUGAGCAAAGAUAGAAGUGUUUUGAAUUUUCUUGUAGUCACACCUAAGGUUGGAGCUCGCACUCAGUCCGGACUCGGAGCGGGAGCCAUAGCUGGGAUAGUUAUCGCCGUGAUAUUGAUCGUGCUCAUCACCAUCGAUUUGUUUUGCUGUUUCUUCAACUCUUGCGGUAUUAUCUUCUGUUGUCACCAGGCCAUCUGUGGUGGAGGUGAAAAAAAGGACACUUGUAAGUAUUCUAAGUAAAGCAUCUCUUGAGGAUAUGUAAAAAAACAACAACAACAAAAAGAAAAAGAAAAAAACUCCUAGACCAGCCAUAAGGUGCAUACAGGCACAGUUUCGUAUAAGAUUGAUAAAUCACAAUAGGUAAAUAAAAAUGACGCUACCUUCAGGUUUGAAGCUAUUAAAGCUAAGACCGAUAUGACCCCUUUGUUCUCAACAAAUCGAAAGGGAAAAGUGAGUUGGUUACCCUGUGUAGGAAAUCCAUUUUCUUCGCUACUAACUAGUGGGGAGGAGCGUUGCGUGACGACGUUAAAAACGGCUGUGUAGCAGACUAUACAUGUUAGGGUUUAGUCCGGGAGUUCGGUGUAACCGACUUUUUAGGUUGCGAAUUACUGAACUGGGAAUUUCGUCCGGUUAGGCUAAAAUAAGCAACCAAAGAUCAUUGGCAUUCAGGGAUUUUCUUCUUAAUUUCUUAUUCCAGAUAAAGACGGCAAGGCAACAGAAAUGGAAAAGUAAGCGUUUUUACCUGCGUCGUGAUACUUACGUUUUUUUCCUUUUGUCGUUUUGUUUUAUUACUGUAGUAACACGAAUUCUAACUGCCCUAUCUUUCACUCUUCUAGGAAACCUUUGCCUGAAAAUGUCUAGCUGGUGAGCCAACAUUCGUAGGAGUCAGCGGAAAGCUCUAUAACAAUACGAUGCAUUACUAACCACGCGCUAUUGCUUUCGACUCAAUGACUGACGUCACUUCUGACGUCAUCUUAGAAAAGGACAUUAUGGUCAUCUUGAAGAACAUUUGUGCGAUUGAAAUAAGCUUAAUCGGCUCACCCUCGGUGUAAAAACCUGUGAGACUCACGAGUGACGUAAAACAAUGAAUACAAAGAAGCCACUGAGGAGUCAACACAAUAGACCCAAGGAAAAUAAUAGCUGGAAAACAAAGAAAAACUUCACAGGUUUUUACACCGAAGUAAACCCGUUUAAUCUAUUAGUUUUAUAUUUGCUAAUGUAUUUAGUCGUGUAAAAUUUAAUCCUAAUUUAUUGAGAGUGGGUAAAUUUUAAUGUUAUGCGUUUAUAACUUUGUAAUUUUGGCUUCAUUUAAAUUUCUUACAACUAUCAACUGAUACAAAAAGUAUGAUGACCUAAGUAGUUUCUCUCUGAUAAUUCACCUUGAACAAACUAAAGGUAAACGAUAAUUCAAAUUAGACGCGAUUUCGUCUUCGUUAAAAAACACACUGGGUGCAGCGUUAAGGUUUCUCUGCAACUAAGGGUUAUUCAUUAUUAAUUAUCAACAAAACUAUUCCGGCCAGUUUUAGGUGAAAUUUCUUUGAGACAAUAAAAUUAGUCACUUACGCAAACCCAAAUGAAGACAACUUUAACUUACGUUUGCACGUGAACACUCAGUGUGAAAUCACGUGUAUGCCACGUUUCACUAUUCGGGUUUGGCUGGCCGCAAAUAGAGUUUAUUGGGCAGAGAAAAACGCAGGAAAAAUCAUAAACGAAAACAGCCCAAAAAACUCUCAAAGGUCUGAAAUAAACUCGCUUCUUUUCCAAGGAAUAAACGGAGACAAUAGCUUGUUCUUUAUUCGGAACUUUCAUUUGUAUCUUCAAUUCAGCUUCCAUGUUUUUCCCAUUUUUUGUAUAAAACAGUUUUAAUAUUGAUCAUUGGGCCCCAUUUGUAGAGUGUAGUACGGCCGAGUUGAUUUCUCGACCAGUCGAUCAUAUUUGGACAUUGCGUAUAAUUUUUUUUGGCUUCGUUUUGCAAUAAAUCAAAUAUGCUUUAAUGAAUGAAAUUCAUCUCCCUCAUCAUAAAGGGUCUUUUUUUCUGAUAAACAAUUGAAUGAGUAAUACGAAAAUUUCUUCAGACACGAAGAGUGAAUAGUUUCGCGUCAUCUCAGUGCAAUCAUAAUGAAAAAUUUACUGAGUACAAGAAGGUAGAAUCGUUCACUAACUUCGUAUCUUCUAACCUGCUAUCGGGAAGGACUGCAACUACGUAGCUCUUUUCAGCUGUCUUUUGUUAAGUCUGUGUGUUUUCCACCGCGGUCAAGGUUAAACGUUUGUUGAGUCCAGCUCUAACCUCGUUUCCAAGGUUUAUCCAGGCCCUUUUCGCUCUUGUUAUCUAGUGAAGUGAAAAGAGAACCAAGGGUAUACUAACCGUUGUUGAAAGGAGGAAUCGUUCCUGUGAUUUUUUUCAGGCGAGAGACUCUUUUUACUCUUCAAAACAUUACUUUAAUUGUUAAAGCAAGCGUUUCAACCGGUUUGAAAGAAUAGUAAAAAAUAAAUGUUACUUUCAAAGUACUUGACUUGCCUCGACCGCGGUCGAAACGCCCAGUCAUAAAGACCUGCCUAUAUGGCACAGUUGGUUGGCAUACCACAGAAGGUUAGGGGAUUCUGCCGACUUUCGUUAAUAGGGAGCUUAAGCAACGGCGACAGCAAAGAGAACAGCAAAGAAGCAAUACGUUUAGAUUGGCAAAACAACAACUUUGCACGUGCAUCUCGCUUCUUUGUACAUUUCUUUCCCGUCACUGCACGACUACCACGUGAAACUUCCUAAUUUCGCGUUUUAUGGAGAACGGGAACACAUGACAACGAUUUUCUUUUUCCUUUGUGAACUUAGAUACAGUCCUUUAGAAUUCAACUCCUGAAAAAGACGCCGACAUUUGACAAAUUAAAGUGUUGCAAUAACAGCGAUGAAGUUUGAAGCAGCGCGACUGAUUCACUUUACGGUUGACGUUUUCGCUUCCCUCGCCGUCGUCGUUGCUUAAGCACCCUAAUUUGAAGCAGUUACUGUGGCCCAUAAGUGGUUAAACACAUCAUCAAGAAAUCCUCGCAGUUCAGUCUUCCCGUUCGAGCACCUUUCAGACAUGCGUAAUUAUAAUCAGUGAUGUCUGAUAAUUCUAAAAGUGUGUGACGUAGAAGUCCUUUGAAACUAUCGCAUGAUCGUGGAAGUAGCGAAUGGUAUUCAAAGGCUUCAUUUUUCCUAUAACUUCAUUCUUAAAUCGUCCUCGCGACGAAGACUUAAAACUCCAAAUAACGAAAAUAAUGCAGUACUCUGUUAUUUAUAGAACUCGAUCGAACCGUGUAAAAUAGAGCGGUGCGAUUGAACUAAAAUUUACAUUAGUGGAACCAACACCAUGCUAAACUGUUCGCUAUCCAGCUCUUGUUCGAUCUUGUGUCAGUUCUUGCAAUUAUGUCCAGAUGAGCAUAAUAAAAUAUCUCAGCGUUCUUAAGACUACAAAACAGCUUGCAUUUUCUGUCCAUACGUCUUGAUGGGGCAGUUUAGGAAUGCGUAUGGUUUGCGAGAUUCAAUCACUUCCAGAACCUUUACCAUAAGUGCAAAGGAAAUUAAUGGAAUCCACUAUCUUAACCUAACUAAGAAAAUGUGAUAGUUCCAGGUUAUCAACUCACUUGAAUAAACUAACCUUUGUUAGACUAAAGUGCUAACCAGUCAAUUUCUAACAAUGACUCUAAAUAUCAAUUUAAUCUUAACCAGACUUAAAUCUCACUUAAUAACACCCUAAUAUCAAAUGGUUUUCCUCGAUCUGAUUAUCAACUGCGUAUGUAGUAUCUUUUAAAGAGAAAGUACUAUUUCGCAGUGUGCAAUUCGUAUGUAGUGAAGUUGAUUGUAAGGAGGAUACUAACUACAUAACGGCCCUCACUGAGAUUAACCAAUAGCCGUACUGCCUGGCUCAGCAUUUCUGUCAGAAAUAAAGUAGUCCUAUUUCCAUGGCACCCUUCCUCAAGAAGGUUGCUUAGCGACCAACAUCAGAAACCGGCUACGCUUAAGGAGGAAUAGGCUAGGGUCGGCCAUUUUUUCAGAUAGUUAUUGUUUAAUUGAGGCUGACCUAAUACGUGUUUGUUUUCGCGCACAAAAAGGGUGAUACAUUUCUGGUACCUCGUUUGUGACGACGCAAGAACGGUUGCGUUAGAGCCUACACUGGAGGGUAGGGUCAGACGCUAAGUACCUCGAUGCAAGAAUUAAACCCUUUCAAUUGUGUAUGAAUAUUUAAUAGUUCUUUCAUGAAUUGAAAAAGCACUUCACAAGAUUGAAACUGGACUUAAAGCAUUAAAGGUAAGCCACAGUAAAUUUAUUAACUUUUUCAGCUAAAUUUGUUAAUCAAGUGAUCAAUUCUAACAUUACUCUUUACUGAUGAUUUAAUAUCACCAACUGCUCCUGCGGCAGAUCGCCGGCACCAAAGACAUGGUAACGAGAAAACGUUAAUCUCAAAAUCUAAUGAAGUAAACAUCCUAACGAAAUAACAUCUGACCUGAUUUUCAUGAAACCUACAAUAACUGAAAUACUUUACAAACUGAAGCCUUGUUAAGAUAAUGAAUUUGAUUACAGCGAUUUAUCAUAUCUAAUUCUCAAAUUAUUAAUUCACUGAUAAUUAUUCUAUUAAUCAGAAUUCAUAUAUUCAUUUGUAAUUUCUUUAUUGUUGUACAUUUUAUCUACUUCUAUUUUUACUGAACGUCUGUAUUUUUUAAUCAAUUUUCUUAUUUUGUAUCUAUAUUUUCUAUUUUAUUUCAUGUCCUUAUAUUAUAUUUUAUUUGUUUUCUUUUUGUAGUUUAGCAGUUAAACUAAUAAGCUAUUUGUUCCUUCUAUUACUUUUUAUUUUGCUGUACGUGCAUUAGUGUCACACACAACGUUUUAAUCAUGCCUCUCUUUACCAUAACUUAUGUUAGUUUUGCAGAUCUCUUCACUUGAAAUCAAACUAAUCUAUUCAAUAUUACAUCUGUAUACGUCUUGUUCCUUAAUGGUAUUGUUUACUUAACAUGUAACACAUUUUUAUUUUUAAACUGGGUCAGCUUCAAGUAUUGUUGAGUUUAAUUUGGCAAGACUUCUCGCGAUCGACUGCGACGCUCGCUCGAUCGCUUCGCGAGCUCAUUGAAACACGCUUUAACUGUUUUUAAUAUAAACUGGGUUACUGAAAAGCUUCGACCCUGUUUUACUAACAAAACAUGUUUUUAGCGACUGUUUUUUUCUCAGUCUUAUUUACAAUGUCAACGUUUAUUUAUAUAUUGUUGUUUUUAGUUUUAGAAACCUAUUUAAGUCUAACAGACAUGUUGCGGGCUCCAAAUUGUCUGACAUUAGUAUAACCCUUAGAUCCGGUAGUAGAAAAACACGCCCCCUCUCCCUCUCCACACGUACCCGUUCCCAGUCAUCAUCACGCCCCUUGCAGACUGUGGGCCAUUCUUGACUGCUGUAAUCAGUGAGCGAACAGUUCAGACGGACAGUAUGUUGAGUCUUUUUUCUUCUUAUCUCAUUGUAGCUGGUGAAGCCGAGGCCUCAAAAGACUCUCUAAGCUCUGGAGCCGUUGCUGGCAUAGUUAUUGCAGUGAUUUUGAUCGUGUUAGUCGCCAUAGAUCUGUUCUGUUGUUUCUUCAAUUCCUGCGGAUUGUUCUUCUGUUGUUCCCAGGCCCUAUGCGGAGGAGGAAGUGGCGCUAAAAAGGAAGACUGUAAGUAUUACGCAGGCAUGCGCAGUAGCCAUUUAGCUUGAUCUUUUUUGGUAGCGCGAGUGUCAAAUUUUUUCGGCCCUGGAUCCGCUACUGUCAGCUAUGAUUGCAAAAAUCACCAUAGAAAUUAUUAUGGUUAGUGCUCCCUGAUGAAAUUUGUUUGAUGUCUUCUUUAUAACUCUAUAACUCUGCACUAAGUAAAUGACUUUAGCACAGAAUUGACCUCAAACAGCAAUAUCAUCGUGACAGACAUAGCCCCAUUCAUUCACAGAUUUAAAAGUUGGAACUACUUACUAAAUAAAUAGUACCAUGUGAAAGUAUUGCUGAAGAGGUUUCAUUUGAAUGGUAACACCUUGGGAUUUCAUCCACAGACUUAAAAGUUAGAACUACAAACUAAAUGAAUAGUACCAUGUGAAAGUACUGCUGAAGAGGUUUCAUUUGAAUGGUAACACCAUAGGAUUUCGUCCACAGACGUAAAAGUUAGAACCACCGCACAAAACUACUUCAUUCACUCUAGCAUUGAAAGCCGGCGUUCAAAACCAAGCCUACUUCUCGAUCAUUUGUUAUACUACCGAUAGAAAUAGCUCGUUUAAAGACAAACAAGAGUUUUGUGCAAUUUUCACAGACAGGUUAAAAGUGUUACUAACAAUGUGCUAUAACUAUGUUUUUUUCAGACGCCGAUGGCAAGGCCACAGAAAUGGAGAAGUAAGGGCCUGUCUUUGGUCAUUUUCAUCUUUUUCUUUUCAUUACGUCGGCAAUUAUAUAGUUCUCAUACAAUGUAUCUCUUAUUUUUUCCGUUUUUCAAAAAUUAGCCUCGGUUUUCUCGUUUUGCCCUGGGAACGAGGGUUAAGCUUUCGUAAUUGGCUCAAAGCUCUUAAGCACUUCACAACCAAUCAGAAAUGACGUUUUCACGAAAUUCCCACGCUUGCUGUGCCGAAUACCAACCUCGUUCCCAGGGUUAAUUGGUUCUUUGAAAUUUGCGCUCGUAUUGUGAUUGGUCAGACAACCACGUGUCAUUUGGUUUUGGUUUUACAACAUAAAAACCUUAGCCAAAACAAAAAACCCAGGUCAGUUAUUUGAUUAUUCGUGUUGUCAAUUUGUGCUCAUAAUCCUUAAACCUGUUCUGUUUUUUUUUCUUUCAGGAAAAAGCUGGCCAAAGAAAGCGAUAACGCAAACGUGUAACAUUAAACGAGCUCCAUGAAAUUGGAGUUCUUUAUUAACACUGUUUAAGUUAAAUCGUUUCAUUUAGAAAAAGGGAUGAUAAAUCAAAGGGCAUUGCUUCCAUCAGCCUCGUUUUAUGGGGGAGGUGGGAAGACGAGAUAGACUGGAAAUGAAAUUGAGUUUCCCUCGACAUAGUUAUCUUAAGCUACAGAGCAACGCGAUA